AUGGCGCCCGCGGCGAACUCAACCAAGCCGCGGAGGGCUCGUGGAUCCGCCACCGCCCACCACAACUCGGAUUCAGACGAAUAUGAAAGAAACCUCCAGGUAGCCACUGCUGCCCGGACACGCAUUUUCAAGGCACCGGAACGGGACGAGAAGCGUGAAGCUUUGGCUGCAGCUCACCUGGCUUGCCUCGGUGCUCUCCAGGAGCGCAUGCAGAAGUCGAUCACCAAGUACUGGGAUCUGCACUCGUUGAUCCAGAUCAGACGAGUCGUGAGGCUCAAGCAAGCCGUGGACGCGCGCGACGAGAAGCUCAACCAGAUCGCGGCCAGGCUGGCCGACUUCCAGCGGGUCGUGCUGAACCACGGCGUGCAGCUGCAGGCGCUGUACGAGGGCCGCCGCGAGGACGUGGCCGCGCUGCUGCUGCUGCCCGAGCCCGGCACGAAGCCGAGUGCUGACAUUAUCAAAACCGAGAAAGAAGCCAACUCCCUGCCGCGUGGGAACCUGAAGCGCCAGCGCGGCCUCCCUCAAGAUCGCGAGCCCCGCAACCGUCUGCGCGUCGACUAG